AUGGCCGUUUCCAAGGCUUCCAAGGCAGGCAAUAACAAGCCCUUGGCCAAGAAGAGAGAUCAAGUAUUCGACAUAGUCGAUGCAGUCCAGAACGGUCGUCGAAGAGAAGCAUUGACCCAGCUGAAAGAGUUACUGGAUCCAACCAAUGACACCGAAACUCAAAAUCAUGUUGCGAAAUGCAGUUUAGGCGUUGCAGGCGUAACAAGCCCCGGCGAGUCUGCCAACACGGACCUGCAGAAUUGCUGGAGACUUCCCUUUCGAGGCUUCUCUCAUCAAGUCUAUGCCAUACUCCGAGAGGAGUUUGCAUUGACGGGCUCAUUUGAUUCCGUUCUUGGUCGUUUGAAUGUGUGUCUGUCUGAGCACCCAAAGCAAGCCCGGAAACUUGCCGACGAGCGCAAAAUCUUGCGCUCAAAAGGCACAAAUGACAUGCGCGCUUGGACCAAAUCAUCUGAUGACCUACUCCAGCAAUCAUUUGCAAAGCGAGCUGAAGUCGCCGCAAGUAAAAAUGAAUUGACUGGACCUUUGGAAGAGACUACCGUAAUUGCGACACCCGCUCCUAGCUCUCCGCGCGUCGGCGAUGGCAGCCUUGGAUCUACGAACAGUGAUUUCAUUAAUCACGAUAGUGUGAAUGCCACAGAGACUGAGGAUGGAGCCAUACCCCUUCAUGGCACGGAUAACCAAGACAUUGUGGUUAGUCAAGAUACUGUCUACUUGCAGGAUACUCUUGCAGACGAUGCCGACGACAGGGAACCCCUCUACCAAAACACCAACAGACAAACCUUUGCGCCCACAAGCUCGGAUUUCUCACGCCUUGGCCCUGAUGCGUCUGAAAGGUCAGCUUUGAGCAACUGGAAACGCGGUGCUGGAAGGAAAAAGAGCUGGAAGUUUUGCCCGACACAAAGGUUACCGACGAGGCGAAAGCACAAAGGCUUUCGCGAACCUAUACUCGAAGCUGAAGAAUUCUGUCCUGCGGAUCUCGCAUUGGACACCGACGAGCCUUCUUCCCCGGCAUACUCUCCAAGCACAGGAGAUUCCACUGCUCCAGACUCUGCGACAGGCGUCAAGCCAGCGCGAUAUGCUCGAAUUGAUCAACAAGCGCACGAAUGUAGAGUUGCGCUGCAUUCCAAACGCUCUGGGCGAAAGGAUUCUGUAUGGACAUGGAACAGGUCAUUGUCCCUACUGAGCGAUGAUCCAGACGACCUCAUGCCAACUGGAUGCUGCCCUCUCGUGCACAGAUACCCCAGGGAGCGAAAAUCCACCAAAGUCGUCAUUCAACGGGCAGACACGAACAAAAGCCAUGACAGCUUGCGCACCACCAAGAGAUCGCCGGCUUUGCCUAAACCAACCAUUGUAAAGACACGCCUCCUCUCUUUUAGCUCACAAGAAGCCCCGCGAUCACAUCUGAAGCAAGAGGCAAGUUUUGCAAAAGAAAAGACGAGCUUCGAGUCUUUGCUAUUGAGCAUUCCCGAGAAUUUGCCUGGCUGGUCGGCCAAGAAACAAAAGCGCAGAGGCAUCAACAAGCUCAAGGUACCCGAGUUUAGCAAUUCAGAGCAACUCUUUUCCUUUUUGCAAACGAGCUGGGAAAACUUGCUGGAAAGAAUGACGGGAAUGAAAGAUUCCCUCUCGCAGGAAUGGAAAGGCACCCAAGAAUCCUACUCGAGAAAGCGCCGCACUUUUCAAGCCUGGAAGAAACAGCUCGAAUACCUGGAACCCGUCUUGCCCCUGGCGCAAAAACUAGAGGCGCGAUACCGUCGAGCCGACAUCUUGAUCCGAAAGGAAAUGCAGAAACUCGAGACCUACGCCACGUGGGUGGAGCAUUCGCAGAGCGCCAUCGUGGACCUCUCCUGGACCAUGCGGAAACAAAGUCUCGACACCAAGACGGCCUGGACAAUGGCCGGCGGCGGCGGCGGCGGCGGUCCGCUUCUCGACCUGUCUGAUUACUCCGAGUUGUUGCGUCACGGCUUUAUUCGCUAUAGCGACGAUUUUGUCUUUGGCUUUCGGCAUUGGGCUGUUCAGGGCAUCAGUGUCCUUGUUCGAGUGACGAAAGCGCACAGGGAUUGGUGUCAAAUGAGUGAGAAUCUUGUGAAGUCCCUGCUAAACAGUCAUCAAGCAGUCGCUGCUUGA